CUAAGCGAGUCUGGGCGUCACUGCGCAAGGGCUACAGGGCUACAAGGAAGCAAAAAAAAAAAAGAGUUAGGUGGUUUUUAGCGCCAAGGGAAACUUUGUUCCACCUCACAAAACAAGCCCACACUAGGCCUGUCUUUCCUGCUCUCUCUCACACACACACGCACAUUACCAGCACCACCACUUUCUUAAACCUAACCUAACCUAAUCAACAUCCCCAUCAUCGACGAGGAUAUUGACGAGAUAUUUUGAGAUUGAGGAUAUGACCUGCUAGGCCAUAUCCUUUUACCCCCUCGUUGCAUUCUCUCCUAUUGAUCCGAUUGUCGUUUCCAAAGCUCCGCCUUGCUGAAAGGCGAAUAAAUCGGCGACAUCAUGUCGGUCGCCUCGAAGAACAUUUUCGACGCCCUCGGUAACGAUGUCGAAGGAGACGAAGCGCCGUCCGGCCCUGUGAAGACGGUCGACAAGACCACGAUGCGAUCUACUAAGCGCAACGUCGAGCCCCAAGCCCCCGCAAAGCCUGCUACCAACACCGGAGCUCGUCGUCCUGGUCCUGGAGGCAACGAGGGAGCUUUCCGCGACCGCAAUGCUGGUGCUGCAAACAACCACCGCAAGCCCACUGACGAGGCUUCGCGAGGCGGUCCCCGAGGUGGCCGUGACGCCCGUGUACGGGGAGGCCGUGGCGGUCGACACCCUCGUGACCGUGAUGACAGGCAUACUAAGGGACCUGCAAGUGGAUCCGAGAAGCAAGCUGCCCAAUCCUGGGGUGCUACUGAAGGCGAUGCCGAGCAGAAGGAUGAGCAGGCUGGAGAAGAGAUCGCUCAGUCAGAAUUGAAGGACUCCACUGCUGAAGAUGCCCAAGAGGCACCCGCUACCCCAGCUGAGCCCGAGGACAAGCAUGUUUCCUACGCCGACUACCUCGCCCAACAGGCUGAGAGGAAGCUCGCUCUUGCCGAGAACCUUGACAUUCGCAAGGCUAACGAGGGCAGCAAACUCGAUAAGAAGUGGGCCAACGCUAAGGCCCUGACCAAGGACGACGACGAUAACUACGUCGCCGGUUCCGGCGGUAAGGUCAAGCGCGAGCGUGAGCGUAAGGCUAAGCAACUGGUUGACAUUGACCAACGAUAUGUUGAGCCUGAACGUCCCCGAGGCGGACGGGGUGGACGUGGUGGCGGACGUGGCGGCGCCCCCCGAGGUGAAGGUCGUGAGGGCCGUGGUCGCGGCGGUGGACGUGGCCGAGGUGAGGGACGUGGUGAAGGACGUGGUGAGUUCCGUGGUAACCGCGGAGGUGCCCGUGAUAACGCCUCAUUCGCUCUCAACUCCGACGCCUUCCCUAGCCUGGGCGCUUAGGUUCACAACCUAUUUUACGAGACUUGCACUAGAAAGUACAUCACGUCUAUUACGCAGGUUAGGUUUUCCACGGUCUAGGUAUUCUCAGGGGAUCCGACAUAGCCAAUAUGGCUGCAUUAGUCGGGCGUUCGCGGCCUUCUAGCUAUGAACGAACAUCCUGAGUAGCAGAUGAUUUUUUUUACUAUUCCGAAUUAACAAAAGUUUCUUCUAUGUUCCGAACAAUGUUUUGUGUGAUACAAAUAAUCGUCCAGUGUGGUUAUAUCGGUCUAUACAGCGAUUAUCGACAU